UUUCAUUAAGAAUGGCGAGGAACAAUCUCCAAGUGCUGACUGCGUUGGAUGUUGCGAAAACGCAAUUGUACCACUUCACCGCCAUUGUUAUAGCAGGAAUGGGUUUCUUUACAGACGCUUAUGACCUGUUUGUCAUAACCACGGUCACCAAGCUUCUGGGAAGGAUCUAUUACUACGAAGAUGGUGCCUCAAAGCCCGGUACUCUGCCUGCAAACGUCCUGUCUGCUGUAAACGGAGUGGCCUUGUGCGGAGCCUUAGCUGGGCAGCUCUUCUUCGGUUUUCUUGGUGACAAAAUGGGUAGAAAAAGUGUGUACGGAAUGACGCUGGUCCUGAUGGUGGUGGCGUCCAUCGCGUCGGGGCUCUCGUUUGGCAGCACGGCCAAAUCCGUGAUGACAAGCCUCUGUUUCUUCAGAUUCUGGCUGGGAUUCGGUAUUGGCGGAGAUUACCCUUUGUCGGCUACGAUUAUGUCCGAGUACGCCAACAAGAAAACCCGAGGGGCGUUCAUAGCGGCCGUGUUCGCCAUGCAGGGCUUUGGAAUUCUAGCAGGAGGCAUUGUGUCCAUCAUAGUGUCUGCAGCUUUCAACGCCAAGUAUAAAGCCCAGCCCUUUAAACUGGACCACAAAGGUUCCACUGUCUCUCAGGCGGACUUCGUGUGGAGAAUUGUUCUAAUGUUCGGAGCCAUUCCUGCGGGGAUGACCUACUACUGGCGCAUGAAAAUGCCAGAGACUGCUCGCUACACGGCUCUCGUUGAAAGAAACGCCAAGCAGGCGGCGGCCGACAUGUCCAGAGUGCUUCAGGUAGACAUUAUUGAAGAACAAGAAAACAUCACAAGGAAUGCUGAAAGAGAGCCUCUUUACGGCUUAUUUUCAGCAGAAUUCAUGAAACGGCACGGGCUGCAUCUUCUGGGGACUACGACGACCUGGUUUUUACUCGACAUCGCCUACUACAGUCAAAACCUAUUUCAGAAGGACGUCUUGACGGCCGUCGGGUGGCUCCCCGCCAGCACGGAAAUGAACGCCAUUGAAGAAGUUUAUCGUGUGGGAAGAGCGCAGUGCAUCAUUGCUCUGUGCUCUACGAUUCCGGGGUACUGGUUCACGGUCGCUCUCGUCGAUCGCAUCGGCCGAGUUACAAUUCAACUCUUGGGAUUUUUCUUCAUGACUGUCUUCAUGUUGGCGCUCGCAAUUCCAUACUACCACUGGCGUGGAACCGCCUGCGGCGACAAAUUCUGUAAUGGCAAUCAUGCGGCUUUCGUUGCUCUUUACUGCUUCACUUUUUUCUUCUCCAAUUUCGGCCCCAACGCCACCACUUUUAUUAUCCCGGCUGAGCUUUUCCCUGCCCGGGUUCGUUCGACGUGCCACGGCAUAUCGGCUGCGGCGGGGAAAGCAGGAGCCAUAGUCGGAGCCUUCGGGUUUCUGUACGCUUCUCAGAGCACCCAUAGUAAAGAAGUCACGCAGGGGUAUCACAAGGGGAUAGGAAUCAAGGCUUCACUCAUUCUUUUGGGAGUUACGAAUGCGAUGGGCUUCUUUCUCACGCUUCUGAUCCCUGAGACGAAAGGAAGAUCUCUAGAAGACAUUACUGGCGAGAAUGAUGAAGUAGAUGGAGCCCAAAAUGAACGAUCAUAUCCCCAGUCUGGUAUCUGACAGAGUAUGGAGAAAACCAGAUAGUUUAGUUUGUGUUUCCGACAGAAAAUACAAACCGUAUAGUCUUUUCUUGAAUUUUAUUUGCUAUGUGCUCUAGUCCCGACCGUCAUUCUCAUGUUCUUUUCUGGAGGAGGUUUAAUGGGCGGUUUCUCUCGCUAUUGUUCUCUCCAUCAUUGUAGGUAGGUAAAGCUUAAUUUUUUGGGUAUAGAGAAGGGCUAC